AUGGCAGACAAAAUGAUGAGAGCAAUCGAUGUAAAAGGCGGGAAAGGGAGUGCCGAUGCCUUAUUCAUCAAUAAAAUACCGGUUCCUGAACCUGGGGAGGCCCAAGCAUUAGUCAAAAUCAAGGCUUUCGGACUGAACAGGAUGGAUAUAUUGCAGCGUGAGGGUAAUUACCCUGUGCCACCCCAAGCGCCUAGUACUAUGGGUGUUGAGUUCUCCGGGACGAUUGAGAAGCUCGGCCGAAACCCCGAGGUUGGCUUCAAGCUUGGAGAUGAAGUGUUUGGCCUAGCUUACGGUGGCGCCUAUGCGGAAUACAUCGCUGUCUCAACGCAUAUGUUAAUACAUAAGCCCGUAGAGUUAUCGUGGGAGGCGGCAGCUGGAAUUCCUGAAACUUGGAUAACAGCUACCCAAGCCUUAUACCUGAUAGGUGGAUAUAAACCAGGAGAUUCGGUUCUCUGGCAUGCAGGCGCUUCAUCUGUUUCCAUAGCUGGCAUUCAGCUCGCUAAAAGCGACGGCGCAUCUGCCGUGUUCGUGACUGUAGGUUCCCAGGAAAAGAUCGACUUUUGUCUUGAUAAGCUGGGUGUCACUGCCGGAUACAACUAUAGAACUCAGGAUUGGGCGUCUGAACUCUCAAAAGCAACGGAUGAUCGUGGUGUUGACGUGAUCAUCGAUUUCGUGGGUGCAACACAUUUUCAAGGUAACUUGAAUGUUGCCGCUCGGGAUGCGCGUAUAGUUCAGUUGGGACAGAUGAGUGGUUCAAUCCUCCCUGCGGGUGUUGAUAUCGGUAGCCUUCUGAGGAAGAGGGUGAGGUUGGAAGGUAGCACUCUCCGAAGCCGGGAUGAGGACUACCAGAAGAAAUUGCGUGAUCUGCUGGUCAAGCAUGCACUGCCAAAGUUCCGGGAUGGUACUUUUACGGUCUUCAUCGAGAAGGUUUUACCCUUUGAGGAUAUCGCAGAUGCCCAUAAAUUGCUAGAGAGCAACUGUACUAAGGGCAAAGUGAUUUGUACAAUUGACUAA